AUGGCGCCAACAACUCUUGAUGUGCGCCAGAACAGUGAAGGAGCAAUUGAAUGUUGGGACGAUGACGAUGAACUACAAUGUUACGAGGACAUUCAUCUCCGCGCCGCUUCGAGCACCACAUCUGUAACGAACUCGUCUAUUCGCCGGUCUGGACAUCGCGACUCGAUCUCUUCGCGUCGCUCUGCUCGUUCUGAUCUUGACUCCACCACAGGUGGAGAUGAAGAUUGGCAGAUACAGUUAUUAGACGAGGAUGAAUUUGUGAAUGAAGAAGCCAUAAUUUCUGUCAAAAAUGCUGGUAUUCCUCUACCAGCAAAUGUCCCACGCACAGCUCUUGUCGGGGGCACAAUCAAGCGUCUUGGAAGGAAAAAGACAAAGCGAGAGUUCAUUGACGACUGGUCUGACGAUUUGGAACUCCCUAGCCCUAGUACUGCUCUGGAGUUGAAACGAUUCCACCACACAUCUCUUCCCGAGGCCCUUCUGCACCUUGGCUCCACUUCAACAGAACAUGCGAAGGUCUCUCCGCUCUUAGACGGCGACUUGACUCUGCCACCAUCUACCCACCCAUUACCCGCUGGCUUCCCAGACUGCAUCAGUGUCGAUGGCACCGGGGAUGUCUCUACCAUCAAAGCGACCAAGCAGCUUUCUUCACAUUUACCGAGCAUCAUUAGAGACUCGGAUAUCGACAAGGAAACUACAUCGGUUGAGAAGUUUGAGGAUGACUUUGAACUACCGGCGGAUGACCUCCUCCAAUUGCGCAAUCCGUUGGCAAGCACCUUUAGCCCAGCUGCCGAGGACGUUGAUGUCGAUUGGUCCGAAGGUAGUAUUGGCGUGCGAUUCGGUGGCACUAUGCGAGAACACCGUUCGAAUCCAAGCUCGUCGAUCUCGCUUGUAAGUCCAAGUGCUUCAAGCUACCUCACAGGUGAAAGUGACGACGAAGGACUGGACGGUCUUGUGAUUCCGGAAGGACCUUUAGACCUGGGCGCCCGUUUGACCCAGUCGGGGCAGCAGAACUUCUCCGAGGCACCUCGCUGUAUACCCGAGGAUAGGCGUCUAGAACAACCUCGCAGCGACGACUUUUUCUCUGGUCUUGAGAUCAAUAGCGACGAGGCCUUGAUUGCCAGGAGAUCUUCAAUAAAUCCGAAUAUCAAAUACAAAACAGAGUCUUUCGGAAGCCCGGCGCGGCGUUCUGCAACCACGCUAACCUUCACAAACGCCGCGGUAUCUCCGAAAACCCGUAUCCCCCGGCUUUCUGGACAUGACCGGACUCAUUCCACCCAUCUCGAGACGGUCUCUGAGAGCGGUGCCCCCUUAUCAAAGUUUCGUUCCUCUCCACGCGGACCAAGCCAUGUCUCUCACUCAUCCGUGUCUAGUCUUCCGAUAACUGGGUCGACGUCCGUGUCGUCGCUUCCAUUGACGUCGAGCCGGCGCUUAGUUGGGACUCGAAUCUCAAAGGAAGGCUUGGCGGGUGAACGCACCUCUGGGAAGCAGUUAUUGAGAUCGAAACGGUCAAUGCCCUCAAUGCGCAACGCACCACAGCGGACAGGUCACAGCACCUCAUUUACGAGCCCUCCUCGUCAAAGUGGUAGCUCGGGCUGGCUGAAUACCCGGUUUCGGGCGCCUAUUGACCGCACUGGGCAAGAUGGGAAGACAUCAGUCCGUAAAUCCCAGGCACCAUUCUUACCCGCCGGUGCGUCAGACAAACAAUCUCAUCACGCCAGCAUGAAAAAUUACCGAUAUACCCGUCGGAGCUCCGAUGGCUCCAGCGAUACAAUCAGCUCUGAAGGCAUCAUUGUGCGAUUGCCACUAUCGGGCCGUCAUGAUGUUUCCGGCGGCAUCUCAAAUGAUACAAGCCCGGAUGCAAUGAAUACAACUCCUAAACGGGCCCUUACUCGACCGGCACGUCGCCGAAAUUAUGGUGACGGAACUGAAUUGGCUUCUUUUGACGACUUACCUACUUCCACUGCAACGGAGAGCAAAUUUGUAAAGCAACCUAGCGGUCGUGGGGCGCCGCGAUCCUUGCGAAAUAGGCUGAGCAUAAGUCAAACCGAGCCUUUGAAACCGGAAGGUUCAAUCCAGCAGACUCCCACUACGAGCAACCCACUCCAGCAACAAGGAUCUGUUCCUAGAUUUGCACGAGAUACCAACGCAUCAAGGAAUGCUAGAGAACAACGCAUCGCAUCCAUGUCUUCGAUUUCAAAGAGCCGGGAAAAUAAUCCUCUUACCCCUCUAAGCUCGAACUGGAAAUCCCAAAACGCCUCGCGGAUCCCGUCAACCACAGGAGCACUAAGAAGCAAGAAAGCGAAAUCCGGUUCGGUCUCUGGAUCUAAACCUCAGCUAAUAAAGCCCAUUGGUACCGGGGUGCAAGAACGGAAAUCCGUGAAUGGUAUGCAAUACAAUCCUAUCUCUUUUCGUUGGGAAGGGAACGAGAAUCUGGUCCAUGGAUUCGACACCACCACGCCGAAGUCGCCGAAAUCAUCACCCGCCCUUAUCACCAAUGUGGGGGCCAUGCAGAACGUUCAGGUGGUUGGCGGAAUGGUGUUUGAUCCGCAACGCAUGUGUUGGCUGAAGCUGGCGCCGUCUCAACCCGGGGUAGAUGGGGUCGUUGCAAUCGAAGACGAAGAUGAUGUAUUUUCCAACCUUGCUGAUCUGGGGGAAUCUGGUGCCUCUAGCCAAAGGGUUCCGCGGGCCCUCGAAGAUUUCGGCCCUGCAAUUAGCGGGGAUGACAGGAGCGGCGAGGAGUCGUCUGAUGAGUGGCCCAUAACAGAGGAAUUUGACGUUGGCCCAGAAUUUAUUAGACGCCAGCAUACGGAAGAGGAAAAAUGGAGACGCAAGGUCGACAAGUGGAUAAACCGUGACCCUGCUGGUUUCGGAAGCAGCUGGAGAUGGGCUAUCCGGGAUCUGGUAAAAUCUAACAGCACGCUUGGGGCUCGAGGGGUCGACAAUGCAUGA